AACCUACGUCGUCGUUUAAACUGAGCCAGCGACUCCCAAACUGAGUUUGCCGAAUUCAGAUUCCAAGAUUCUCUCUUUUUUGGCUCCCAAGUACAGAGAGAUGGCCUUGGUCUCGGCUGUGAGAGGCGGCCGGCUCCCGUCAUCAUUACAUCAUCAUCAUCAUCAUCUGGGUUCGUCUUCGUCUUCAUCACUAGGUAGCUGGGGUUCGUUAAGACCGUGGAAGCAGAUGAAUUCUAGCUCAAAAAGCUCGAAGGGCUUCACUCUCUUGGCUCGUUACUCACAAACACAGGACCUUUUCUCUUCUCGCCUUCAAGAUAGUAUGGAAAACUUGCCUAAACUGGUGGAGGAUAUUGUCCGGACAUCAUUAAGUACAGGCCCACGUGGCGCCCUAAGGAUGGCUCAAGGUAUUCAAGCAUUUAUCGGUGUUGGUGGGGAGUGGCUUACUGAGGCAUCAAAGUCAGCAAAUUCAUCUACUGGCUUACCAACCCAAUUGCAGCUUGGAGUGCUCUCCCCCCUUUACUUGAGGAGAUUGUUUGAGCGCAUGGGAGCAACUUAUAUUAAAUUGGGCCAGUUCAUUGCAUCCGCACCAACAUUGUUCCCAGCAGACUAUGUCGAGGAAUUUCAGAACUGCUUUGACAGAGCUCCCGCAAUACCUUUUGUGGAGAUUCAACAAAUAUUGCGCCAGGAAUUGGGGAGACCAAUUGAAAGUGUAUUUGAGUAUGUUGACCCAACUCCAAUUGCUUCGGCCUCAAUAGCACAAGUUCACGGUGCAAGGCUAAGAGGGUCCCAAGAAGAUGUGGUUAUAAAGGUCUUGAAACCCGGAAUAGAAGAUAUGUUGGUUGCAGAUCUGAAUUUUAUUUACAUAGUUGCUCGCAUUUUGGAGUUCUUGAGUCCUGACAUAAGCCGUGCUUCACUGGUUGGUAUCGUGAAGGACAUACGGGAAUCUAUGCUUGAAGAGGUUGAUUUCUACAAGGAGGCUGCAAAUGUUGAGUCCUUCAGGAGAUAUUUAGAAGCCAUGGGACUCACAAGGCAGGCUACAGCUCCAAGAGUGUAUCACCAAUGCAGCACAAAACGAAUUUUAACAAUGGAGAGGCUAUAUGGGGUUCCUCUUACUGACUUAGACUCUAUAAGUUCACUUGUUUCUAGUCCGGAGGCCAGUCUCAUAACUGCCCUUAAUGUGUGGUUUGGCAGUUUACUUGCCUGUGAAAGCUUCCAUGCAGAUGUGCACGCUGGAAAUCUGUGGUUGUUGCGUGAUGGCCGUAUUGGCUUUCUUGACUUUGGAAUCGUAGGUCGUAUAGACCCACAAACAUGGGCUGCCAUGGAAAUCUUUUUGGCAUCAAUUGCAACUGAAGAAUAUGAAUCAAUGGCAUCUGCGUUGAUUCAAAUGGGUGCUACAGACACAAAUGUUGAUGCUAAGGCCUUUGCAAGAGACUUGGAAAAAAUGUUCUCAUCAAUGAAGGAGUUGGAUACGGAAAUAGUCAUAGCAACAGCCAGGGAGCCGGCUACAAAUGCAACUGCUGUUUCUGCUAAUGUAGUCGUUGAUGAGAGACAAAUGAAUGCACUUUUUCUUGAUGUGGUUCGGGUUAGUGAAUCAUAUGGAUUGAAGUUUCCCCGAGAGUUUGCACUUCUCUUGAAGCAGCUCUUGUAUUUUGAUCGGUACACCCGUUUGUUGGCCCCAAACUUGAAUAUGCUUCAGGACCAAAGGAUUUCAAUUGCUUCAAAUCGAAGAAGCAACUACAGGGACAAUUUCAGCUGAAUGUAGAAAUUGCAGAUAGGUCGUGUAAUUAUAAAUAAGACUGAAGAUUAGAGUUGUAUGCGAGCAAAGCAUGAUACGGAUUUUGGUAUGGAUUUGUCAUAAUAUUCAUACCUGGACAAUACUUUGCUUCACUAAUUGAUUACUACGGUUUCGUUUGCUUUUAGCUGAAUCCACCAUCAGACAUCAUAGGAAUGUAUAAUAUAUGGUUUUCAAAAGUAAAUUAUAUUAUAUAGCACUAUAGAUAAGCAUUGGACUCAAUA